AUGGCUACUAAAUGCAAUGGGAAUAGACAAGAUCAAUUCCCUCCUGGAAAUCUUUUUGUAGCAGUGAGUGAAGGGUUGUGGGACAAUGGUGCUGCAUGUGGCCGGCGUUUUAGGCUGAGAUGCCUGAGUGGCCAUAACCGGCCAUGCAAGGGUGGUACCGUCGAUGUUAGGGUGGUGGAUUUUUGCCCUAAAAGGCCCUGCCCCUCCAAUAUCCUCAUGUCAAACGAUGCUUUUGCAGCGCUGUCUCAUUCUCAAAAAGCUAAAAUCAACGUCGAAUUUAUACAGUAUACUAUUAUCCUCCUCCUCCUCCUCCUUCGUAUUAGUGUUAUUAUUGUUACGUCCAUUUUUCAUGCAAUGUCUAAACUUGGUUUUAUCAUUUUUACAGGAUUUGAUAUGAAUCAUGGCAUUAUUUUACUCUCCUCAUUAGCAAGAUUAUCCUGGCAGAUUGGGAUGUUCAAGAACUAA